ACUGAACCGCUCCGUGCUCCACUCCUUCUCGUUCCGUCCUCUCUGUCUAUCUCUUCCUUUCCCCAUCGUUAGGACUUUAUCUCAUCUUGAUCGCCAACUUUUGCCAUCGUUUUCAUUCUGAAGACUCUCUGUUCAAUUUUUCGUUGAUCCUCGCAGCUGUGCAAAAUCAUUGUGUCACGCACAUUUCUAUUUCAAGCUAUUGCCUGGAUUGGAAUCGCAAUUCACACUUUUCUUUAUUACAACGAAUUCAUUGUUUUCAUUUUGAUAACUUGUUACAAUGCCGCAAUUGAAUAUGGAAACUGCGACGAAUUUUUGUGGCAAUAACGAUGAGUUUUAUGACUUAGUUCAGUACAACGCUGCUAGUGCUCCAGACUUUGCUGGAAAGGAAAUUCUGUCUGGUUUUGAAGACGAGGACAGCGAUGAACUCUUCAGAAGUUUUCGAUAUGGUUGCCCUUGCCGUCGAAAGCAGUUGGAAUGCUUGCAAAGAGCAAUUAUGCUCAUCACUAGCAAGGCGAGGAUGUAUGGAGUAAGCGGCAAGGUGAUUCAGCUGUAAAUGAGUUUUAGAGAGACAAUGCUAUGGCCCAAUUGAUGUUUCAGUUUGUUUUGUGUUUAGAGUGAAUGAAAAUGAACGUUCAAACACGUC